UGUCGUUUCUCCUGCCGCGACAUUAUUUUCUCUAACCAUGCCAUGUUCGAUUUCUUCUCACGUCUAUUAUAAAAGCGCGCACACGAUUUUCAUAAGAAUUCCCCAAGUGAAGUUAUUAUUUUCAUAGCGUCCUUUAAGCAGUCUCUAACCGAACCAUGCUCGCGGUGCCAGUUACCGUGUUGCUGAUCAUCGUUGCUGGUCUGGUUAACAGUCAGGACGGCACCAGUCCGACCUCGGCUAAUCAUAACCCGACAACGAGCGGUCUAGGCGGUGACGCCAGCGACAGCCCCAUCUCCGACAGCUCCCACUACCCGGAUGUUGCCGAUAACGCUACCGGCCAGCCGAAUUUCGCCCAGCCAGAUAAGAACCUUGUUUCAAUGGGCGCUGACGUCUUCCUACCAGCCCGAAACAAGUUUCCGCCCGACAAUACACCUCAAGGCCAAGGGAACGGUUCGUUCAGUGCAGAGGGAGGCCAGUCGAACUACACCCGCGUGCCGCUGUAUCAGGCCCAGAUCCCAGCGUCAGUCCCGCUGAAACAAUCCCGCCUCACCUACCGGCAGCAGUGGCAGGCCGGUCGCGGGUAACCACACCCUAAUGGAAAGAUACCAAUUCCGUUACAAAAAGAUAAAGGUCACACAUGCCGCUGGCGAUGCAGCCUUGUGACAUCAUGGGACCGCUCCGACGGCGUUGUAGUAUAAUAUGGCAGUAAAGAAAAACCCUGCAAAGUGGCGCCGAGAGUCACUUACUCGGGUGAAUUCCAUUUUAUAAUUGUUGGUGAUGCUUCAUAUUACGCAGAAAUAACAGCUGUAAAAAAAGCCAACAGUUCUGGAAAUACCUUUGAUGUGAAAACUUUAAAAAAAAGAAAGAUAGUGCUGAACGGUAGUGUAC